CUGGCGUCUCCCGGUAGUAAAUCUAUCUAGUCUCGAGCACAAAAAGUCGGACAAACAGACAGUGAGAAGGGAGAAGAGGCCCUCGCAGAAAUCUCCGGUUUACUGGUGACCGGGACCAGCAGCAGAGCAGCGUGUGAAGCCUUGGAUUAAAAAGCCCGAUUAGAAGGACGGAUGGUCGCGCGGGACGGGCAGCGCGCUCUGAAGUUGGACAGGCUAGAGAGACACCGAGACAGAUCAGUCAGCAGAAUAAGCAGCAGCAGCAGCUUUUGUUCCCCCACCUCCCCGAACCCCCCGAGAAGGCAGCGGCGGCACCGGGAGGCUGCGCACCCCGACCAUGAAGCUGCCUUGUCUAUUGGCGCUGACGGCGCUGGUUGCUCACGCCACCACGGGACAGACUUGGUCGCCGUCUAUCGAUGAUGAAGGCUCGACGAGAGACGAGUUCUACGACGAUGAGGACCUCUACUCAGGCUCCGGCUCUGGCUUUCCUGAUAUCAGCAAGAGGCCGACAUCAGUGGCCGUGUCCUUCACCACAGAAGAGCCCCUCCUGCUCUCCACCACCCAGGCCACCGGCCCCGCCCCGUCCGCCUCACCUGCGGCCGAGCCGAGCCCCAACCCAGACCCCACCUCCACCCCACUGCCCACCGAGGCCGACGGAGAGAGUGGGGCGUUCUGGGAGCGCGAAAGAGAGCUGGAGAGGGAGGCCGAGAAAGAGCGAGAGAGGCAGUUGGAGAGAGAGCGAGAGCGGGAGAGAGAGAGGGAGCGGGUCCGAGAGAUGGAGAGAGAGCGGGAGAGGGAGCGAGAGAGGGAGCGGGAGAGAGAGAGAGAGCGGGAGAUAGAGAGGCAGCGAGAGCGCGACAGAGAGAGAGAGCUGGAGAGAAUCAGAGCUGCCACAGCCAACCAGACCACCGCUGCCCCGAGGUCCCCUUCUGCUGUUCCUAUGGUGACCACCAACCCGGCAAUAAGCCCUGCGGAAAGUGCAGCACCUUCAGCUGGUUCGGAUGACCUGAGCACCACAGAAGAAGAAGAGGACGUCUACCUGUCGCCUGAGCCCACAUUGUUUUAUCCAGGCUUCGACAUGGAGACCACCACAGAGGAAGACAUGUCCACCACAGCAGAGGCCACCCCAGAGCCCACGACAGCAGCACCUACUACUGCCCCUGCUGUCAAGACCAGGGUCCCCUUCAGACCCAGGGUUCCCAUGACAACAACCACUCAGACAGUGCCAACAGAGAGAAGUGCACGCCCGCCGCAGCCCACUACCACACAGGUCCGUACAGAGGAGGGUAACAACGAGCUGGGCGCCGUGGGACCAAGUGGAGAUUUCGAGAUCCGUGAGGAUCCACGCAACGAUCUCGGUCAAGGUAUAGUGCCAAUGGAUCCUGAUCUGAUAGGCAACGCAGUGGAUGCAGGAAGUUCUGCUGCCCAGCUGCCACAGAAGAACAUUCUGGAGAGAAAAGAAGUGUUGAUAGCGGUUAUAGUGGGAGGCGUGGUGGGCGCCUUGUUUGCCGCCUUCUUGGUGAUGCUGUUGGUGUACAGGAUGAAGAAGAAGGACGAGGGCAGCUACACGCUGGAGGAACCAAAACAGGCCACCGUCACCUACCAGAAACCAGACAAGCAGGAAGAGUUUUACGCAUAACACUCGUACGCCGGAGAGACACCGCACACCAAGGGAGAGAGAAAGAGCGAGAGCGAGAAGAGAGAAAGAUACUCUAAGCCCCGUCAUUCUCCUCCUCAUCCUACUCCUCUUCCUCCUUGUUGCUUCCCCCUCAUCUGCUCGCCUCUCCUCAUCCCUCUCUCCUCUCGUCUCCAAAACACUUGAGAGCGCCUUUCUCUCUGCGGACUUGGAACUUUCUUUUCAAUGAAAACAAAAAAGAGGACAAAAAAAAAAACACAAAAAAAACAAAUAUAUUCUGAAAAAAUAACACAUACACACGAGAUGUUUUUAAAGUAAAUGUUGUUAUUAAUAUUCUACAGAUUCUCUUGUUCUGUAUGUAAUGAUAUGAUUAUUUUGUAAAAAAAACAAAACAAAACACAAGCUCUUAACCUGUGUUUUCCAGCACAAAAAGUUCCUCUUCUGUUUUUAUGGAGCGAAUGAAAAGCCUAAAAGGAAGAGGAGGGGAGGAGAGGAGAGGGGCGGAGCGAGCAGAGCGAAAAACAAAAAGAACAGGGAGCGGUGGGAUCGACUCUGCCCCUCACCCCCAGAAAAACACAUAGAGCGUCUGGUUGGCCGCACAGAGCCCAGGGUCAAAGGUGAGAGGAAAGGUCUCUUUUGUGCUUUCUGGUGCUCAAAGAUACACACAUGCAUACAGCCACAAAAAGUCACACACACACACAUGCUUACACACACACACAUUCAUCUCUGUGUGAAGGUGGCUCUGACCUCUCUCUCUGUGCUUGGCCAACCAGAAAACGAUGCUCAACCCUCGGCGUGUUUCACAACGAGGAGCCGCUGUGGAAACGCUGGCUGGUUGUAUCAGGGUGCGUUCACGCUCUCGCUGAGCCGGCGGCCCGUCUGCUCCUCUAAGCUGUACAAAGACUAGUUACGGAUAGUAAUAAUAAUCAAUAAUAUAUCAAUGUUUUGGGCUGGAUGGUAAAUAAUAAUAAUGCCGUAAUAAUAAUAAUAAUACUUAAAACGGGAGGAUGUGUAUUUAGCAGUUUAAAAAAAAAAAGUUUAUAUGUAAAUAUCAGCGUAUCCUUUCUGGCAUCACUAACCAUCUGCAUGACCAUGAAGAGUUUUUAUUCAUCACAUCCGUCAUCACUUUAGAUGAGCUGUGCUCUCGUCAACCACACGCACAAACACACGCACGCUCACACACACAUACACACACAUAUACACACACACACACACACACACACUCACACACACACACACACACACACACGCAUACACAUGUGCAGACGUGUAACUUUCUGUGCAAUUAAAUACAACAUGACACUCUUACUAUACUGUAAAUCAUAUCAUUCAGUCAACAUAUCAAACCCAUCGUCAUCAUCAACAUCAUCGUCAUUGUGAUAGUCAUCACUUGUGAUACGAGUGAGGUCAGGUGGUUUCAGUAUGUUAUUGAUUAGUUAUCGAUCAGUUGCCGGUUGGUUUAGAGUUUGGUCUGUUUGUGUAAAAGCACAACUACGUGUCCAGUCAUCACGCCAUCUGAUACCCUCCUCACCCACCCACCUGCCCACCCGCCCACCUUUUGCAUGCCUCACUUUCUUUUUCCUUCCACACCAUUGGCUCUCUGUAUGGGGUGGGAGGGGCCUUUGGGAAGCGUGAAAGGGCUUUAAUUGAAAGACAAGAAGUGUGAUUCUGCGCAGGGCGUUGAUCCCACAUGCUCUAAUUCAGUCAACAUCAUAACUUUUGUUAUUACAGCUUUGGUUAUGAAAAGAAAAUUAACUUAGUGCUUGUGGGGUCGAGUUCAACCUGCUGUUGGAGUUUUUUUUGGGGGGGAGGGGAUGAAGGCACAGGGGUUAGGAUUUGGUUAGGGGAAGGGUGAGGAGACAGGAGGGCUGUGCUUCUAUCUAAGAGAUUGUAACAAUAACCACACCAGUGCGACUGGGCUAGUAGCUUCUAUUAUACUCAGUACUGUAGAACAAAAAUGCAUGGGAGUCAAAACUAUACUAGUCUGGUUGUGUGUGUGUGCCCGUGUGUGUGUGUGUGUGUGUGUGUGUGCCCGUAUGUGUGUGUGUGUGUGUGUGUGUUUGACAGAAAAGAGGGAUGAGUUAAAGAUGGAAUGUACUGUGGUCGAGUGUGUGUUUACCUACUCCAGCAGUUCUCACGCUCUUCCACAGGCAGGUAACACACCUCUUCCACUCCUGUGUGUGUACUUCACCUGCAACCCUCACCAGUGUGUGUGUGUGUUGACACCUCAUCUAAACCCGCCACCUGUGUGUGUGUGUGUGUGUGUGAGUGCUUCACCGUGGUAUUUCACAGCAGACUCUUGUGUGCACUGACUAGCCUGUCGACGUGCGUGUGUGUGUGUGCGUGUGUCUGCGUGUGUUUCGUCUGUUCACUGCUGAAUGUGGGGGCAGCUGGUCCCUCUCAGUGGCUUUCACACACACUGACUGUGUCUUUUCACUGUCUGCCUGUCUGUCUCUCUGCCGUAGGACAGACGGACAGACAACACGCCACUUUCUCACAGGCAGGAAUGAUCUUAACACGUACUGUCUUUUCUAAAGUGACUGUCAAAGUGUAAACAUGUGUGUUUGUACCCAUCUAAGCCUGCGUAGCCAAAUAAGACGUUUGUGUCUGUGUGUGCAUGUGAGAGAGAGAGGGUGAAUUUGUACACGUGUAUGUGUAUGUGUGUGUGUGUGAGAGAGAGUGUGUGGAGGUACGCAUGUGUGUGUGUGAAGCCCAAUGGAGGCUACACUACUCUAUGUUUGCUGUUCCCAUUCCUGUUUUUAUACAUUUGCAUUUUUUUAAGGCUGAGUUUCUGUCAUUGGCUGAGUGAGCGAGAGGAGGCGGAUCCUCCACGCCACCGCCCUGUCACUAAUCUGCCACUCUGUUCCAAAUUAA